CGAGAUUUCUGGAUUGAGUUUAUUUGCGCCUAGAGACGAUAUACUUACAUUCAAGACACGUUACACACCGUUGCAUCAUGAAGGUCGGCAAACCCAAAUCAAAGCGCGUACCUGUGCGAUUACGCCACAAGAUAGAGAAAGCUUCGGCUGCAAAACAGCGCAAACAAAAGAAAGAGGCUAAACAGAAUCCGGAAUGGCGGUCAAAACUAAAGAAAGAUCCUGGUAUUCCAAACCUUUUUCCAUACAAAGACAAGAUUCUACAAGAGAUUGAGGAGAAGAAGCGCCUGAAAGAAGAGGAGAAUGAAAAGAUCAGAGCUGAAGCGAAACAAAGAAAGAAAGCAAAGACAUCUAGUGUUUCCGAACAGUGUACAGACCAAGUUGAGGAAAGAGACUCAGAUGCUGAGUUGUUGGACGUUGGGGACGAUGAUGCGAUGGAAGAUGUAGUCGAAAAUCCUAUGGCAGCACUACUGGCAUCGGCCAAAGCUCGUGCCGCCGAAUACAGUAAAACUGGGAACGAUAGCGAUGAUGAGAUGGAGGAAGAUGAGGAUGAUAGUAGUAAUGAGUGGGACGGAAUCACAGAGGUAGACGAGAAGGCAAACGGAAUCACACUGUCAAAGGCUUUGAAAGAUGGGUCUAGGAAAGCCUUUGACAAAAUAUUCAAAGAGGUUGUGGACGCUGCAGAUGUAGUGCUCUAUGUUCUUGACGCAAGAGAUCCCGAAGGAACCCGGUCGAAAGAAGUUGAACGCUCUAUCAUGGCGGCAGACGGGGGCAACAAGCGGCUCAUUCUCAUUCUGAACAAAAUCGACCUUGUGCCUGCUCACGUUUUGAAGGGCUGGCUAACGCAUCUCCGGAGAUACUUCCCUACACUUCCACUUCGAGCUUCAGGACCGGCACCCAAUGCUCGCACCUUUGACCACAAGCAGCUCACUGUCAAAGGCACCUCGGAAGCCUUAUUUAAGGCCCUGAAGUCUUUCGCGGAGUCUAAGCAGCUGAAACGAUCUAUCUCUGUCGGUGUGAUUGGGUACCCCAAUGUUGGGAAGUCUUCAGUCAUCAAUGCCCUCACAUCAAGACUGGGCCACCGGAAAGCUGCGUGCCCUACAGGUGCUGAGGCUGGUGUGACCACCAGUCUUAGGGAGGUGAAACUUGACAACAAACUGAAGCUACUCGACUCUCCUGGUAUCGUUUUUCCAAGCUCAGCUUCUUCAUCGACUCAAAAGAUUGAAGAACAAGCUCGACUUAUCCUUUUGAACGCAAUUCCUCCCAAAGCUAUCGAUGAUCCCGUACCAGCAGUCACACUGCUGCUGAAACGUCUCUCAGCCUCACAGCAGCUACUCGACAAUCUUCUUUCCGUGUACCAGCUUCCUCCACUCAUGACUGAUGGUGGAGAUGUCACCACCGACUUCCUCGUCCAGGUUGCAAGGAAGCGUGGUAGACUUGGAAAGGGCGGUGUCCCUAACGUACAUGCCGCAGCACAAACAGUUGUUUCAGAUUGGAGAGAUGGCCGAAUCCAAGGCUGGGCGGAGGCUCCGGUAUUGAAAGUCCAGACUGAUGCAACCGAGUCGUCCAACGGUGCUGACCAAGGUGACCGAAAGGCGAUCGUGUCAGAAUGGGCAGCCGAGUUCAAGAUUGACGGACUAUGGGGUGACAAUGCUUCUACUGAAGUUGCGGAGAUGGAUACACAACCGGCUUGAUUAGUUUAAUUAUUCUGGAGUCAGGAGUCUACAUUACCAGAGAGGCACACUGUAGUAUGCACGUUGAAGGCUACCUCAAAAUACAAUACCAAUGGUUUCCUAUCACAUGGGUGCUAUCCAAGAAUUGAAAAUCACCAUCCGUUAUGAGAUCCGUCGUCCUUGCUUAUUGGGAAAAACUCUCAAGUGUGACUCAGCUUUCACUGGACUGAAUUUCUGGAGUCUAUACUAUUGUAUCUGAUCGACAAACGUCACUGUGAUCCUCAGCC